AAAGAUAUGAAGUUUCUCUAAUUCAACCCUGUAAAUCGCAUUUGCUAUGAAAUCAUAAUGUUGCCCAAACAUAUCCUUGAUCAGUUACUCGUUUGUGCUCUGCUGAGCACAAUAGCCAGUUCACAAGCUCAACCCGAUAUUCCAAACGUCCAAACUCAGUCCAAAGAAAGUUCCGGGACGGAAGGGGGAAAGGAACCAAAAUCAGAGGCCGGUAGCCCUAUCGAAUCUCAAGAAGGGCUUGGAAAACAGCCAGUACAAAAAUAUUUUGAAAGAUCCUUUGUUGACGACUCGACAAUACAGACCAAAAACAAAGAAAUGCUAAUGCGCGAUUUUGGAAUGAGAAAAGCGAAAAGUACUUUUGAUAUGGACCUGGAUGAACUUGGAACUAUUGAUAAAGGCUUAGAGGAGGUUGAGCAGCAGCUGAAAAAAUUUAGCGAAGCUGAACAACUUUUUAACGAGGCAGUUUCAAUGUUGAACAAAGUUGACGAUAAAAAAGCAAUCAGAAAAGCUUAUGCUUUAUUUCAACAAGCUUGGAAGCUGAAUCAUUCAGAAGCUGGAGGCAUUGUUGCAAUGGCACAUGUAUUUGGAAUCCAUUUUAAGCAGAAUCUAAAUUACGCUCAGGAGCUUUUUGUCAAUUUAUCUGCAGUUGGAGAACCACGAACUCAAGCUGGCUUAGCUUUGUUGUAUUCUCUGGGCAUUAAUGGAUUUAACAGAUCACUGGCUAAGUCGCUUGUGUAUUAUACCUUUGGAGCGCUUGGAGAAAAUCCACUUGCGAUGAUGGCAAUGGCCUACAAAAACUGGCAAGGAAUCGGAGUGCCUCAAAGCUGCGAAGGUGCCCUAGUGUGGUACAGAAGAGUGGCGGACAGAGUUGCCGAAGACGUCACAUUGGGCAGUCCAGUGAUCACUCGAGUGAGACUUCAGGACCAGUUCGAGAAUCCCAACUUCUUCUCAUCCCUCUUUGACCAGGAUCUCAUCCAGUAUUUCCAGUUCAUAGCCGAUAAAGGAGACACCAAAGCGCAGAUUGGGCUGGGUCAGUUGCACUACCAGGGAGGAAGGGGCGUGACUGUGGACUACAAGACAGCCUACAACUACUUCCAACAUGCAGCUGACAAGAGCAACAACCCCAAUGCUCAGGCGUAUCUGGGUCGCAUGUACAUGGAAGAUAACAGUUACAUCAAAAAGAAUUACGACUUGGCCUUCAAGUACUUCAAAGACGCCGCCGAUCAGGGCAACGCAAUGGGCCAAGCGGGGUUGGGACAACUGUACAUGAACGGAUACGGAGUGAUGAAGAGCUACACAGAAUCCUUCCGGUAUUUCAAAAUGGCGGCCGACCAGGGAAACGUAGAUGGUCAACUGAAUCUAGGAGUGCAGUACUUCAGAGGCCUUGGAGUGCCGAGGGACAACAAAAAGGCUGUCAAGUACUUCAAUCUUGCCUCUCAGAAUGGACAUACUCUUGGCUUCUACUAUUUAGCUCAGAUGCAAGAAAGCGGUCUUGGGAUGUUAAGGUCUUGUCAUGUCGCGGUCGAAUUGUACAAAAACGUAGCCGAGAGAGGAAAAUGGUCUGAAAUGUUUAUGACAGCACACGAAGCAUAUAUGUCCAGUAAAAAGAACGAAGCCUUUAUGAUAUACGCCACAUUAUCCGAAAUGGGUUACGAAGUUGCUAUCUCUAAUGUCGCCUUCAUGUUGGAGCACGGAGAGACUGACAUUAUAAGCGACAGUGAGUUAAGCCGAACAGCGCUUAUGUACUGGGAACGGUCAGCUGCUCAAGGUUACACGCAAGCACGAGUGAAAGUGGGAGAUUACCAUUAUUAUGGUUUGGGAACCCAACCUAACUUUGAAGAAGCGGUCACUCAUUAUAGACAAGCUUCUGAUCAGUUUCAAAAUGCCCAAGCAAUGUUUAACCUUGCCUAUAUGCAUGAACUUGGAUUGGGAAUGAAAAAAGAUAUCCAUUUAGCUAAAAGAUACUACGAUAUGGCUGCCGAAACAUCUAAUGAUGCUUAUAUUCCAGUAUUGUUGGCGCUCAUCAAAUUGGCCUUAUUGUACGGAUGGGAACCGUUUUACAAUGAAAAUACAAAAGAGCAAUAUCAAGUAUACUUCUCACCCGACUUUUGGCUCGGGUCAAGUUGGGAUAUAUAUGUGAUAACUAUUCUUGUUGGAGUUUUGUCUGCCUUAGUUUUUGUUAUCAUAAAUCGAAGAAGAUGAUUUUACUAUUAGACUUUAAGUGUGAAGACUUACAAAUAUUGGGUUGCUAUAGUUACAUGAACUGGCUCUUUUUAAUCUUUCUUUUAAAAGUUACAUCAAAAACAACAAAAAUUCGUAUUUGUCGAGAGUAGAUAACCAAGCUACCAAAUACUUAAGUAGAUUUACUGAUUCAGAUUCAGUUGCCGAUUGCGGAAGGGGGUAUUUUUGACGCACUGCCGCAGAAUUUAGUCGCCCUCAUCUGUUAAAGGAACCUCUUUGAAACU